AGAACGGCUUCUCCUCCCCCGAGUUGGCAGCACCUCUGACCUCACCCUCUAGUCGUCGACACCAUGACCAGAUCGGAACCAGAUACAUCCAUUGCCGUCGUUGGCGCAGAGUCUGCAAAGAUUGAUUAUGACAAGGUUCAUGCAGAUGAAGUCUCGUCGACCGAAAAGGGUGUCUUCUCGGAAAACGAGCUGGAUGGUAUUCAUGACGAUUUGGAAUUCCCAACGGAGGAGGAAAUCAACACCCUUCGACGAGUGUCUGAUACUAUUCCUUGGAGUGCCUACCUAAUUGCCAUCGUAGAGAUAGCGGAACGAUUCUCGUUCUACGGAUCUACUGUCGUUUUCACCAAUUUUAUUCAGCAACCUCUGCCAGAGGGAUCCCAUACGGGAGCGGCAGGCGCUGGUGGUGUUUCGGGCGCAUUGGGACGCGAACAGAGAGUGGCCUUCAGCCUCACGACAUUUUACCGAUUUUGGUGCUAUGUCACCCCGCUACUCGGCGCAUACAUCGCAGACUCCUACUGGGGCCGGUACAAGACAAUCUGUGUCGCUGUAGCGGUCGCUCUCUUUGGUCAUGUAAUCCUAAUCAUUUCAUCUGUGCCUGGCGUCAUCGAACAUAGUAGUGGUGCCAUGGCUGCCUUCAUUAUCGGGAUGAUUAUUAUGGGCUUAGGGACUGGCUUGUUCAAGGCGAACAUAUCUCCUUUGAUUGCGGAGCAAUACAAGAGGACGAAGCUUUUUGUUAUCACUACCAACAAAGGCGAAAGGGUUAUUGUCGAUCCUUCUUUUACAGUAUCUCGAGUGUACUUGUAUUUUUACAUGUUCAUCAACAUCGGCGCAUUGGUUGGACAAAUUUGCAUGUCAUACACAGAGCUGUAUGUUGGCUUCUAUCUAGCCUUCACGCUACCCACAAUUGUAUUUUUACUCUGCCCAAUCGUUCUCUGGUACGGACGGAACCGAUACACACGAUCACCUCCUACUGGUUCCGUCCUGGCGACUUCUCUCCGCAUUCUUAGAUUAGCUCUGAGGGGCAAGUUUAGUCUGAAUCCUGUAACGAUGUGGAAGAACCUGAACGCGCCAGACUUUUGGGACGGUGCAAAGCCCAGCAACCAAAAAGGGACACUUCCAAAAUGGAUGAUAUUUGACGAUCAAUGGGUCGAUGAAGUCUCUCGUGGCUUUAAGGCCUGCGCGGUGUUCUUAUGGUACCCACUGUAUUGGCUCUGUUAUAAUCAGCUCGAUAACAACUUGACCUCUCAGGCGGCCGUUAUGACACGACAUGGUGUUCCUAACGAUGUUUUAUCAAACCUCAAUCCUUUGUCGUUGAUCAUUUUCAUCCCUAUUUUUGAUUUCGUCAUAUAUCCCACUCUCGCUUACCUCGGUAUUCGUUUUACCGCUCUCAAGAGGGUGACGCUAGGUUUCUUCUUCGCCUCCUCAGCAAUGGUCUGGGCUGCUGUCGUUCAGCACUAUAUCUACCAAACCAACCCUUGUGGCUACUACGCUGCUACUUGUGACGAAACUUCGACCCUAAAUGUCUGGAUUCAAAGUGGAUCAUAUGUUCUUAUCGGGAUUAGUGAAAUAUUUGCAUCUAUCACAGGCCUCGAAUAUUCUUUCACCAAAGCUCCCAAGAAUAUGCGCUCCCUGGUCAUGUCUGUAUUCCUGUUCACGUCUGCACUGGCAUCAGCUCUAGGCCAAGCGUUUACGCCUUUGGCUGAAGAUCCUCUAUUGGUGUGGAACUAUGGCACUGUAGGAGUCAUUGCCGCGGUCUCGGGGAUCUUUGUUUGGUUGUCUGUGCGUUCUUUGGAUGCUAAGGAGGAUGAGCUGAAUAAUCUGUCCGAGGGCCAUAUGGGCGAGAAGUUGUAGUCAUUUUCUGUAAACUACACUGGUUCGGCUUGGAUGCACGCGACGUUCUUACGAUGAGACGUAGCUACGUUUUUCUAUGUUCACGGAGCCCU